UGUGCAUGUGUUUUGUUUUGAAAUCAUUUUUUUAGACUUCAAUUAAGGAGUUCUUAAUGAAAAGAAGACGAAAUUAAAGCCAAAGUUGAAGUGUAAAGACAGCCUCUUUGUUUUAACUAAGCCGUCAAACCACUCCGUAACUCCUUUAUAAUUACUAUUCAAUGUGUCAAUGAAAAAAGAUUUGGAUGUCGCAUUUUGUCUCAUUUAAAUGUUUGCCAAGAAAAGAUGCGAAUAUUCUCCAACGCCUCUGGCAACGGUUGCAGAUGCUAUUGAUGUCUUUCCGAGAAUACGUCAAAAGGGAGGUGUCUUCACUUACAGAAAGAUAGCGAAUACUGAACAUGAUUGAUUUACGACAUUUUUAUUCUCAUUUGAAACUGCUUGUGAAGUAGGCUGGUUUAUUUAUUGUACCUGGUAAGACUUGGCAAUAAAUCUUUAAUUGAACAAUUUGAAGAGGAAUGAGGUCAAAACCUAUUAUCAACGGAGACCAUCUAACGUCCAUCAAAGGAGCAGUGGAAAUUCUUCUUUAAAUCUCAUUAUUUUCGGAGGAAAUGCAAGUAACUUAAGAGCAAUUGAAGGGUGUUUUUAUCUGCUCUGGAGUCGACAAUCUAACCAAGAUUUCCUGAAAACAAGACACUUAGUUCCACGGGCUACUGUGUACCUUCACUGACACGGAACUGUACAACUGAACAAACUCCCGCAUCAGAACAGAAGACUCUGUUUGCUCUUGAAUGAGAUCUCAGAACACUUCCACGUUGGCAGUUCACCACUGGAGAAAAAUUAUCGUAUUUUUGAUGAAGCAAGACUUUGCCAAUUKUCUUCACUGCCAAGAAUAAAAAGGAUCAAAAAAGUUCUGAGUGCAAAGAAAAUUAUGACCGAGUUUCCUUGCUUUCGGGAAUAAAUCACCUGAUUCUAUUCUUGUCACUUUGAAACAUUAGCCUCGUUUGACUCGAGGCAGUUUCACACGUUUUUUUCACACGUUUUUUUCAAUCCACCUAACGACCAUAAUUCUUCUUUCCUAUUCAACAUGAACCAAACAAAUGGUAGUGGUUGGGAUAGCUUGGACUCAUGGUCAGCUCCAGAUUUUGUUCCAGUCAUCGUUACUCUUCAAAUUAUUAUCAUAAUAGCUGCUGUCACUGGUAACCUAUUGGUGUGCGUGGCAAUUUGUGUUAACGAACCACUCCGUAAAACAGCUGCAAACUAUUUUAUUUUUUCACUCGCAGUUUCAGAUAUUCUAACAGCGACUCUCUCAAUGCCUUUUGAUGUUGAGCAGUACCUAAAGAACUGGCGUUGGGACCAUGGUCCAUUUAUUUGUAACUUAUGGACAACAGUUUAUUUGAUUACAGUUCCAACAUCGAUCUUGAGUCUGUUGGCCAUCAGCAUCGAUAGAUACAAGGCUAUAAGUGACCCGCUCAAUAAGUUCAGGCGAACUCGUUUCAUGACUCGUAAGCGUGCUUCGUGUGUGGUCGCAGGGCUGUGGACGUACUCGAUUGUCUUCGCUUUAAUCCCAAAAAUGGGCUGGAAUCUCCCACCAGAACAGGUGAAUGUCGAAAACCAAUGCAUUUUCGACACACCGAUAGAGUAUUCUGCCCUUAACUCUUGCAUGAACUUUUAUCUACCCCUCUUCGUGAUGUGCGUGAUUUACUUUCGCAUUUAUAUCAUUGCCAACAAAAUGAAUAGCGUCCUUGAUGAACAAACGAGGCAAUCUUUUAGAGGGAAUCACAGCAAUGCAAGCGAAAACUCGGAAAUACAUUUAGCGUCCACUCGGGCUCCAUCUCCCUCGUCUUCGUCCGUCAACGGAGGGGGUAAUAAACUGUUAACGCACGCUAACAAAUCUCCGGAUAUUUGCCAGAUAAAGACAAUAAAACGACAACGGAAGAAGCUAAACCGCAGCAUCAAAACUGCCAAAAGUAUAUUAAUUAUUGUCUGCGCUUUCUUCUUCUGUUGGAUUCCAUACACUACGAUCAGCGUCGUAGGACUAUUUUGUAAAAGUUGCUAUGGAACUAUACCUUCCGGAGUCUAUUCAUUUCUCCUGGUCAUGGGUUACCUUAACUYUGCUCUAAACCCUCCAUUAUAUUCAUUCCACAAUCCUAAAUUCAAAGAAGCGUUUCGGAAAAUUCUGCGAUUUCUAGUUAUUCGAAGGGCACCGAUUCACUCUGCUAUCAACUCGAGCUACUCUGCGCCAUCGGAUGGAGGGUCAAAGAAAAGUAGUCGCGUAUUUCACAGCAGUAGAAGAAGCACUGGACUCUUGAUUCGCCAAAAGAAUGAAAUUCAAGUUUGAAAAUUUAAUUCGUUUCCAAGCACAAUGGAUUGAAUUUGACUUUAUUAUACUAAGUACUGUAGGACUCAUAAAGAAUAUUCAUGUGCUUUAGUUGUUUGUUUAGUGAUUAGUCAUUUCGAGGUUGAGUAAGAGCCUGGRUCAAUUUGGCAUUGCAGUGCAUUUUGGGGCUGUUUUAGGGGCCGCCAUCUUGGAAAUAUGUCCCCAAAACAGUCCAGCAAUGCAUUGCAAUGCCAAGUCGCCAAAGUGUUUUCUCAACCUCGGAAUGGCUAAAAUGAAGAAGCGGAAAUAUUCCUGGCAUGCAAAGUAAAACAUGGUAAAAGCUGAAUAUGUUUCUUUUGGCCAAAAGUUUAGAAACGAAAAGAAUGACUAGAAGUUUUAAAAAAAAGAUAUUUCGGACGAUAUCCAUCGUUCAUCAUCAGUUUAAUGGCUCUCUAUCGGUAAAAGCUGUAGAGCAUACUAAAAUGGUAACAUUAAAGCAUAGUAAACACGGUACAAUAAAACAUGGUAAAACA